AUAAAUGUGGAAACAAAAGGAAGGAUCGUAUCAUCACCCUCCACCUUUUUCGAAGUCCAAAAUCCCCCAUUUUUAAAACGUUUUCUCAUCAAAUUCAACUCAUCCUUCAAAGAAAUUUCCUUCCUUUUUUCUUUCCUUUCUAGACAAGUUAGUUCGAGCUUCAAUCCCAAUCUUUGUUUUCUUAAUCUUUCUUUCCUUUUCUGUUUACGGGGUAUAAAUAAAGGGUGCAAAAAUCUUGAUUUUAUUUCCCUAUUCCCAGAACACUAAUUUUACUGUUUCGAUCUGUGGAAAGUUUGCAGCUUUUUUUUUCAGAAGAAUAUGGCAUCUGAGUUAUCGGGUCGAGGCAACUCGAGUGGUUCCAAAGGGUUCGAUUUUGCGUCAGAUGAUAUUCUUUGCUCGUAUGAGGACUACGGGAACCAGGAAUCGUCAAAUGGUAGCCACGCCGAAGCUGCACUCGGUACCACUACUACCAGCUCUUCCACGGAUUUUCACAAAGGCAGAGUGGCACGAUCAAUAUUUCCAGCUAAUGCAUACAGUCAACCAGAUGAUUCGUUGUACUCAGAUGUGACUGCUACUGUUGAAAAAACCAUGAAAAAAUACGCAGACAACCUCAUGCGCUUUCUUGAGGGAUUAAGUUCACGACUGUCACAGUUGGAGUUAUAUUGCUACAAUCUUGAUAAAUCGAUUGGAGAAAUGCAAUCUGAUUUAAUUCGUGAUAAUGAAGAUGCAGAUUCAAAGCUUAAUUCUAUUGAGAAACAUCUCCAAGAGGUCCACAGGUCUGUGCAGAUACUGAGAGAUAAGCAGGAGCUAGCUGAGACUCAAAAGGAGUUGGCUAAAUUACAACUUGCGCAAAAGGAGUCUUCUUCUUCCAGCCAUUCACAAUCCACUGAGGAGAGAGCAUCACCACCUGCCUCUGAUUCUAAAAAGACUGACCACACUUCCGAGAUGCAAAACCAGCAAUUAGCUCUUGCCCUGCCUCAUCAAGUUGCACCACAACAGCAGCCUGUGGUACCACACUCUCAAUCCCCCCCUCAGAACUUGACCCAACAAUCCUAUUAUAUACCUUCAAACCAAUUAUCCAACCCCCAUGCUCCUGCUCCAGUCCAUGUCCCAGCCCCGACUACCCCUGCCCCACCUCCACUUCCAGCCCCAGCACCAACUCCACACACUCAGAGUCAAUAUUUACCUCCUGAUCCGCAAUUCCAAGCUCCUCACAUACAAGAUGUCUCUAGGAUGCCACCACAGCCUAGACAGAGCCAUCAGGUACCAGCUGUCCAAUCAUUCCCUCAGUAUCAGCAGCAGUGGCCACAACAAGUACCACAGCAAGUACAACAGCAGCAGCAAUCCUUGAUGCAACCACAGAUGAGGCCUCCAUCAACACCAGCUUACCCUCCCUACCCUCCUACACAAUCAUCAAACCCGUCUCCUCCAGAGGCAUUAGCACACAGCACCCCCAUGCAGGUUCCAUAUUCUGGAGUUCGUCAACCUCUGUCUAGUUGUGUCGAUACCAUUCCUUAUGGGUACGGAGUGCCUGGCAGAACAGCUCCCCAGCCAAUCAAGGGCACUUUUGAAGCACAACCAAGGGAUGGGUAUCAGGCGUCUGUCUCCCAUCCCCCCCUUCCUCCAGGAAGUGCAUACAUGAUGUAUGAUAGCGAAGGGGGUAGAGCACAUCACCCACCCCAACAGCCUCACUUCUCACAGGGUGGGUAUCCCCCUGCCAAUGUCUCUCUUCAGACUCCUCAACCUGGCCCUAGCCCUAAUGUUAUGAUGAGGAACAGUAGCCAUUCCCAGUAUGUUCGUAACCAUCCGUACAGUUAUCUGAUUGAAAAAUUUGUGAGCAUGGGAUUCAGGGCUGACCAUAUUGCGAGUGUGAUUCAGAGGAUGGAGGAGAGUGGGCAAGCGGUGGAUUUUAAUGCCGUGCUGGAUAGGCUGAAUGUGCAAUCCUCUGGUGGUACUCAGAGAGGGGGAUGGUAAAUGCCACUGCUUAGUUGAAUCGACCUUGAAUGGUACUUGAAUAAAAAAGGUGGUUUUUUUCUAAUGUAUAUGUUGGGAGGGAUAUGGGUAUUUGUAUGUUACCUCCUGCUAGAAAUUGUAUGUGACCCUGUUGUAUCCUAGUACUCGUGGUGAUAGAUCAACUGCUAUAUUUGUCAGUCCAACCGUUGUUUCCCCUGAAACAAUCUGUUGUGUGGAUAAAAAAAAGGAAUUUACUAGA